AUGCUUCGCAGUAUAAUAUAUGGUCUUAAACGAAUACAUGAUAAUGGUCAUUAUCACGGCAAUCUUCAUGGUGGUAACUUGUUAAUUUCGGCCAAUAAUGCAAUAAUCACAGACAUCGGUUUAUAUGAAUGCGAGCGCCCAUUUUGUAAAGAUCCUCAUGACCUUGAUCUUGCAACACGCAUAUGUAAUGGUUUACGACCAGAAAUCGUUACUAAUACUCCGGAAGUAUACUUAUCACUAAUGAAAAGAUGCUGGCAUCAAAAUCCUGAAGAACGUCCUAAUAUUGUAGAACUAUAUGAGAAGUUAGAUAGUUGGGCAACGGCUAUACAACAUAAUCCUACUUGUCGAACUAUUGACUCUAUGGCAAUAUACAAGAGUCGAUUAUUAAACUUUCGAUCCCUUCACGUUACACGAUGA